GGUGAGAAAGGUCUCAGGUAUACCUGAGUGUUAGCUUGGUGCACUAUGUGCUGCGUGCAUGAGUAGCGGGUAGAUUGGAUGGUCGACUGGGCAAGUGGGUGGGGAGCUAUCAGGUGGGGGAGCAGCGAUUGCUCCAUUGCUCCUGCCACCUUGGGCUCUGCCGAAUUGCGAUCGCUACACAUCUUUUUGAAUCUUCAAUGACUUUAAAUUUGUGCAGCAUGAUGAUGUGAAGCUCGAGCAUGAAAAAGCGAAAAGGAAAAGGUUUGUCAGUGGAUGUGGCCUAUAUGACAAACUGAGGACUCAGCAAGUUUCAUCCUCUUGGGAAGUUUUCAUCUUCUUCUUCUGUAGAUCUGCGCUGGUCCUCCUCACUCAGAAGGUUCCUAGCAGAUUGGAGUCAGUCAGAUCUUAUUGUGGAUGGGAGGCAGGUGGUAUGUGAUCCCAGGCAGGGCCAUAAUGUCGAUGGUCUGAUCAGGCCUUUGUGGGCUAGCCCCAUCUCUUCUGAUACUAGGGUGACACAUUUGCGGUUGCCAAUGGAAAGGCGGACGCAUCAGGUUUGAUCAUGAUCUUGAGAAUCUUCCUUCCAAACGUCAAACACUGCUUCAAAAGGUUGGUGUAUGGAGAAGCUUGUAUUCAAUUUGUUGAUGUGGAGAAUUGCACGUGGCCUGAGUGGGGAGCGUGGACGGACUGGUGCUGGAGCGUGGACCGACUGGUGCUGGAGCGUGGACCAACUGGUGCUGGUGGGUAGGAGUGGGUGGGCAGGAGAGUGGAAAGGUCUUGGGGAUUGUAGGGUCUAAAGCGUAUGGGGUCGACCUGCGGUUUUCUUGCAUGGGGAGUAAAGGCUUUGUGGCUGGUGCAAAGCUCGCUGUCUGCCUGCAGUGUGUUCUUGCAUGGGAACUGAAGACCCCCUGGCUGACUGGCUGGCGUGGACCAGUGCACAGCGAUGUGAAGAACUCUCUGCGUAUUUGUGAUGGUGUUUGCACCCCUUGGCCACACACGCCUGCUUGGAAUCGCAGAAGGCAGAGAAGGCUGUCGAGUCCGGUGCUGCAUGGAAGCCCUGAUGGAACAGGCGAUGCGAGGGGAGGGAGGUGGGUGGUGGUACAGGAGCAGCAGAUGACAGAAAACGAGGACAGUGAAACAAAAGUACUACUCAGCAGACAACGAAGCACAGGGAAUGAAAAAGCAGUGGGCAUGGUUGCGAGUCUGAAGGCCAACCUGAACUCCGACCGAUGACACAGGAGGGAAAGGACGUACUCUUGGCGUGUCUGGCGAUGCGGAUCACUCAGAUGCAAUGGGCAAGUGUCUUGUUCCUUUCACACACACACACACACACACACACACACACACACACACACACACACACACACACAGAGAGACAGAGAGAGAGAGAGAGAGAGAGAGAGAGAGAGAGAGAGAGAGAGAGAGAGAGGUCAGGGAAGGAAUUAGGGAGGUAGUGUGGGAAGGCUCGCUGCGGAAAUGGUUUGGGCAAAUGUUUCCUUUCUUCCCUUGAGGGUCGGAAUGACUGCUACAAGAAUCACGAGUGAUCAUGCGAGCAAGUGCUGCCAGCGUGAGGAGUAUCUGUGCCCUGAGACGCGUGGCUGUCCUUUUGAGUUUUGACAGGUUUUUCGGGUCGCCGAUAUCUCGUGUGCCUUCUGUGCGUAAUUGGCAUUCUCUGGAAGCGAGCCGGUUUAUUUCCUGCCCGCAGUUUCGCUGCAGUGACUGGCUGUGGUUGUCAGUUGGUUAAUAAUCCAAUUGGAUCGGGGAUGUUGUUUGUGUAUAGGCUAGGCAAUUCCCCCAACCGCCUUCCUCUCUCCUCCCCUCUUACCCCCCUCCAUCUCCUGGGUUAUUUUCAAACCAUCUGAUACUCUCAGCUGCAGAAGCUGAUAGGGUGCAAAGGUCUGGAAGCGGACGCGGAAACGAGGGAAGGGAUUUAGUUCUAUUAAGUGACAUUUGACGAUGUAUAUGCCGUACAGAAAGUCUAAUUUGAUAUUUGUCACAGUUGAGCUGUGUCGUCGGUCGGGCGAAAAGCAUCAAUCUUGGGGGGGUGAAUAAGGUGGGUGAAAGUUUGCGAUGGGGGUUGAGUGGGGUCAAGCGGGGCUAUUUAGUAUGUAGCAUCCUUUGGGAAUGUUGGAUGUGGCAAUGGGAUAAAGUAGGUGGAUAGGUGGACAUGGUAUUGGGGAACGAAGUUGGGGGGAGGGGGGUGUAAGUGGUGAGAGAGAAGAAGGGUUUAUGAAGGGGUUGGUACUACUUUUUAUUAAUAUGUUGCUAGACUGCUAGUUUUGCUUUUUGUGUUAAUCGGAAUCUGUAUAAAGUGUAGAAAGUAAGAAUUAUUAUCAUUGUUUUUAUUGAAUAAAAUCCGAAUAAAUUG